AUGGAAACGAAUAAGCUGACAUAUUCAUCACUUUCUUUGGACUUUGCAGACCUCUACACAUAUGUCACAAACCUCAAAGAACAAGUUGAUACACUCAACUCACAGAACAAGGCACUUUCAUUUCGGUUGAAUGAACAAACACAGCACCCACCAGCACAAAUCACUCCCGUUGUCGUAGAUUACAACCAACUGGCAACAACUUAUCAAGAGAAUAUCGCUGUAAUAGUGAAAGAGCGCGACGAAUUGAAGAAACAGAAUGAAAAAAUGCGGGCAGAACUCUUCGAGUCGAUAAAUCAAAGCAACUUGUUUAAAGACAACUUUGGGAAGCAACUCAACGCGUUGCAGAAGAAGGCGCAGCAACUCGAAUUGCUUGUGAGGUGUGUGUUCAAAAUACCAGAGGCUUUUGUGUCGGAAUUGGACUUUUUAAAGAACAACAACAAGACCAUUGAAACGGUUUUGAAACAAGAGGAAGUCAUUCAGAAAAUCACUGAAAUGCUGAAAAAGAUUGAGGAACUGAAAGACGAGAAUUCAGUGCUGAGAGGAAAGGUGAAGACUCUCAUUAACGAGAACAACAAAUUUUCGGAAGCACUUGAGAGCGAAAAACGGACACUUGACGCGACGAAAUCGGAAUUUGUGAAGAAGGAGGAAGUCUUUAAAAUGCAAAUCGACGAGCUCAAAGGAAGUGCUGAAACAGAAGAAACAACAAAAGACGUUCUAAAAAGGUGUGAAGCGAUUAACGACUGCAUGAACGUUCUUAUCAACUCGUGGAAGAAAGCUGGAGAAAGUGCGUUUGUCGAGAAAAUGGAGUGCGAAGAGGAAAAUAAAAAUAAUGAACAAAACGAAACCAGUGAAGUGAAAACAGUUCAAAACACAAAGAAACCCGAAGUUGUGUCACACUCUAUGGAAGUCGAAAAGCCAAAAGAAGAAGAAGAAGUCUUAGAUGAAAGGUUUCUUGAGUCAUCACCAAAGAGCGUUGUACGGCCUGCAGACAACGUCACAAAUAUUGUUGAAACAAACAAAAAGGAUGAAAACCGUGAAAACAAAAUGGACGAAGAGCCGCCAAAACGAGAAAUGGAAGUCGUCAGCGUCGAAGAUUCAAACUCCGAGCCACAAAAGAAGAGUGGAAGCGAAGAGGAUGUUGAUCUUCUUUAA